AGUCAAGCAGAACGAUGAAAAUAGGAGCAAACUUGGACUACCACUAAAAACCAAAGAAGCAGAAGCUAUAAUCGAUUGAAGCAAAUCCGAACUACCCUAGACCGGCACUCAAACAGCUCCCGAAAACCUCGAAAGUUGGCUUGUCGGAGAUGUCGUCAGUUCCGACUACCAAGAUCCUGUGGGUUACCUUCGGUCUCAUGACCAUCUCCACCGCCGCCCAGUGGGUUCUGACCACCCGUCAACAACCCAACACAAAAUUGCUUCACCACAUCAGCUUGACUCUAAGCACUCUAACGCUUGUCACCUAUUAUUUCAUCUUGACCGAUAUCAACGUCACAGGAAGCUCGAUCUGGAUAAGAGAUCUGCAUUGGAUCUUGACACUCCCUCUGGUACUCGUAGAACUGGGUCUGAUUUCAGGGGUAUCAAUACAGGACCUUGUCAUCAUGGCUCUAAAUGGAAUUGGAAUGGGCGUGACAGGCUUCCUGGGUACAAUUCAACGAUCCAAUAGACUGAGGUGGCCAUUAGUUUUAAUGGCUUGGAUAUUUUGGCUGAGUAUUGUGCGCGAAAUCCUAACAAGUGGAAGAAGGUCUUCAGCCCGGAACUCAGUUCGGGUGGCCAGAUUCUUCAACUAUCUAGCAGCCUACAUCGUAUUAUUGGUUUCCUUCUAUCCCAUCAUCUGGAGUGCUCCCGUGGAUCCAUUCCUGGAGAUUGCUUUGUUUUCAAUUUUAGACAUGUUAACCAGACCGAUAUUCGCAACAUGGAUCCUAAUCGGAGUGAGCAUCAUACCCGAAUCAAAUGUGGUUGGUGCCAAUCGUUAUAUUGAGGCAAGGAUCUGGAAUAGCAUUGGUGGAAAUAUCGAGGAACCACCACCAGAGUGAUGAAUAUGGUACAUAUGUGAUUGAUCCGAUUCAUUUUCCAUUCAGAAUGCCUCCAUAGCUUAUUACCACCCGCUCACAAGUAUUAUCAAAGAACAAAUUUGCUCAAUUAACUGUUCAUCCAUUGAAUAAUCUAUUUCAUUGAUUCCAAAUGAGUAUGAUCAGGGUUUUUGUGUGUCUGUAUAAGUAAACCUAUGUUUCUAACAGUUUCAGUGGCCAAUUUCAACAAAUCCUUGUAAUUCCUAUACUAGUUACACUUCUUGCUACAUUUAUUAUUGGUAAUUCUUGUACAUUUAUGCUGUCAGAACUAGCACAUUUAGAAAUCUGACUCAAGUCCAAGAAACAUUUUAUGAUUCUCAGA